CUUGCCGCGGGCCGUAAAGCGCGGAAGGUCGCGGGCCCCUGCGGUCCCGGAACUUUGCGCUCUGCGUCCCGCCCCCUCCCCAUUCCCUGUCCCCUUUCCGGCCAGCACAGACCCUCUUCAGCGGCUGUCCUGCCCUUCACUUCCGCCGGGCGUUGUUGAGCUCGCUGCCCGCAAGUUGCGGGCCCUUGAGAUAGAAUCUUGCACUGUGGCCCGGGCUCACCCGGAACCUGGGACAUUUUUCCUGAUUCAGUAUCCAGUGGUGGGAGUUACAGGUGUGGUGAUGCUUUACCGGUUGCUGUCUAUUGUCCAAAGACAAAGAACUAGCCCAGGAUGGCAGACCUGGUCAUCGGCAAGAAGCAGCACGUCCGCUGCCGAGGCGCAGUCUAUUGCUCUGCCCACCCAGGCCCAGGUGGUCAUCUGUGGGGGUGGAAUCAUGGGUACGUCUGUGGCCUAUCACCUCUCCAAAAUGGGAUGGCAAGAUAUUGUCCUUUUGGAGCAGGGCAGGCUGGCUGCUGGCUCAACAAGGUUCUGUGCUGGCAUCCUAAGCACUGCUAGGCAUUCAAGCAUUGAACAGAAGAUGGCUGACUAUUCAAACAAACUCUACCAUCAGUUAGAACAAGAAACAGGGAUUCAAACAGGUUACUUAAGGACAGGCUCAAUCUCUCUGGCCCAAACUCAGGACCGGUUGAUCUCUCUGAAGCGUAUCAACUCAAGGCUGAAUGUUGUAGGUAUCCCUUCUGAGAUCAUCUCCCCGAAGAAAGUGGCCGAACUUCAUCCUCUCCUCAAUGUGCAUGAUCUGGUGGGAGCCAUGCACGUUCCUGAGGACGCAGUAGUGUCCUCUGCUGAUGUGGCUCUUGCCCUGGCAAGUGCCGCCUCCCAGAAUGGUGUUCAGAUUUAUGACCGGACAAGUGUUCUUCAUGUACUGACCAAAAAAGGUCAAGUUACUGGUGUGGAGACAGAUAAAGGGCAGAUUGAAUGCCAGUAUUUUGUCAACUGUGCUGGUCAGUGGGCGUAUGAGCUGGGUUUGUCCAGCGAGGAGCCGAUCAGUAUCCCGCUGCACGCCUGUGAGCACUUCUACCUUCUGACUCGUCCCUGCGAUGUCCCUCUGCAGAGCAGCACACCAACCGUUGUGGAUGCGGACGGAAGAAUUUACAUUAGGAACUGGCAGGGUGGCGUCUUGUCUGGAGGCUUUGAGAAGAACCCAAAACCUAUUUUCACUGAAGGCAAGAACCAGUUGGAAAUUCAGAACCUUCGGGAAGAUUGGGAUCACUUUGAGCCCCUGUUGAGUUCCCUCCUGCGCAGGAUGCCAGGAUUGGAGUCUGUGGAGAUUUUGAAGUUGGUGAAUUGCCCUGAGACCUUCACGGCAGACAUGAAGUGCAUCAUGGGCGAGUCCCCUGUCGUCCAGGGCUACUUUGUCCUGGCAGGGAUGAACUCUGCUGGCCUGUCGCUGGGCGGAGGAGCUGGAAAGCUCCUAGCUGAAUGGAUGGUGUAUGGUUACCCCUCUGAAAACGUCUGGGAAUUGGACUUGCAGCGCUUUGGAGCCCUCCAGGGCAGCCGCACCUUUCUGCGCCACCGGGUCAUGGAGGUUAUGCCUCUGAUAUACGAUCUGAAGGUUCCUCGUUGGGAUUUCCAGACUGGAAGGCAGUUGCGCACAUCUCCUCUUUAUGACCGGCUGGAUGCUCAAGGAGCCAGAUGGAUGGAGAAACAUGGAUUUGAGAGGCCAAAGUACUUUGUUCCACCCAACAAGGACCUUCUUGCAUUAGAACAGAGCAAGACUUUCUACAAGCCAGACUGGUUUGAUAUUGUGGAGUCUGAAGUCAAAUGCUGUAAGGAAGCUGUGUGUGUCAUUGACAUGUCUUCUUUCACAAAAUUUGAAAUAACUUCCACUGGGGACCAGGCAUUAGAAAGUCUGCAGUACCUUUUCUCCAAUGACCUAGAUGUGCCUGUAGGCCACAUUGUUCACACUGGCAUGCUCAAUGAAUAUGGAGGGCACGAAAAUGACUGCAGCAUUGCUCGCCUGACCAAACGCAGCUUCUUCAUGAUCUCUCCAACUGAUCAGCAGGUCCACUGUUGGGCCUGGCUUCACAAGUACUUGCCCAAAGACAGCAACUUGCUGCUGGAAGACGUCACCUGGAAGUACACAGCCCUCAAUCUGAUUGGCCCUCGAGCUGUGGACGUGCUGUCUGAGUUGUCCUAUGCCCCUAUGACUCCAGACCACUUUCCAACUCUCUUUUGCAAGGAGAUGAGUGUGGGCUAUGCAAAUGGGAUCCGGGUGAUGAGUAUGACUCACACAGGAGAGCCAGGAUUCAUGCUGUAUAUCCCCAUAGAGUAUGCUCUGCAUGUCUACAAUGAGGUGAUGAGUGUUGGACAGAAAUAUGGAAUCCGGAAUGCUGGGUAUUACGCUCUCAGAAGUCUCCGAAUUGAGAAGUUUUUUGCUUUCUGGGGUCAGGACUUAAACACCCUCACCACGCCCCUGGAAUGUGGAGGAGAGUCUCGCGUGAAGUUAGAGAAGGGCAUAGACUUCAUCGGUCGGGAUGCCCUGCUGCAGCAAAAGCAGACCGGGGUAUAUAAGCGCCUUGUUAUGUUCAUUCUGGAUGACCAUGACACAGACCUGGACUUGUGGCCUUGGUGGGGAGAACCCAUUUACCGGAACGGAAAGUACGCUGGCAAGACCACCAGCAGUGCCUACAGCUACACUCUUGAGCGCCAUGUAUGCCUGGGCUAUGUACACAACUUUUCUGAGGACAGCGGGGAAGAGCAGGUGGUGACAGCAGAUUUCAUCAACCGAGGAGAGUACGAGAUUGACAUUGCAGGACAUCGGUUUCAGGCCAAGGCCAAGCUCUACCCCGUCACCUCUUUUUUCACUCACAAGCGUAGAAAGGAUGACGUGGAGCUGAGUGACUUUCAUGGGAAGUAAUGCAAGACUUUUUCCCUUCCUCCCAUCCUCUCACCAUGAGGGGCAUCAUUCUGGGAGCUGAUCUUUCCUCUGUCCCUGUCUCCUCACUGAAGAAGGUACUUUGUCCUCUCCUAGUUUUUCAAUUUGACCUAAACCCUUUUCCUUGCAAGCCUGUCUUCCCAUUUUCUCUCAUUUGCUGUUCCCCCUCCUAAUGAUCCAGGCUCUUCUGGUCCCUCCAGCAGCUCACAUUCCUACAGUGGCAGGCAGAACCCACUGUGGAGUUGUAUUAAGGUGACAGACGGAUAUGUAAAUUCAUUGUAAGGCAAGUUGGUAUUAUUUAAGUCUUAGGGUAAAAAUCCAUUUCCCUUCGGCUUAGUCUUACAGAGUAACCUGUAAAUAUGGUAGAUUAUUUUGUGUCUGAUGCAGCCCUGGGAAUAACUUCUCUUAACCGUGCAGACGGUUUUUGUCCCACUGUGCUGUAGGUUGCCACCUGUACCUCUGAACCAUCUACCUCACCAAUGAGAGGGGUUGUGUGGACACUGCCUGCUCUGUGGAAGGGCGCAGUAGUUAACCUGGCAUCCUGUGUUCCCCCAACUUUGUCCUUAGAGGUUUGUGCCAGGGCAGCCUGCCUGCAGCUUUCUUUAUUUCCUGCUGUCUUGUAUCAUGAUGUUUUUAGCUGAAUACACAGGUAUGCCAGUAUUUGAAAGAAGAAACAAGCCAUGCUGCCUUUGUGUGGCUUUCCCAGCAGGAGCAGUGUGAACUCCGAUGCUGCUUUUCUUUCAGCUGAUCAUAGGUCAGCGAGCUAUCCCUCAUUGAUUUCCUCAGAUGACUUCUAGCCUCAUCUGUGCCUUGUAUAACCUGCCUACAACCUCAACAUCCGUUCUUAGCCUUUUAGAGGAGGAAGAGGGGUUUGGGUGGGUUGUCUUGGGUGAUUAAGUAAACCAUGCUGUUCAUACUGCGUUCCAGAGAGCUACCAGAGUCCCAAGCUUUACAUCCCUAGCAUGAGCAAAGCCACAGACGACUGCUGAGGACUGUAAGUACAGUGCAGCUGGAAACUGCUUUCUUUUGUUUCCAGGCUCCCCACCCUUACCCCCAAGCCCCGUCCCCAGCCUUCUUGAUAGAAUCUCUGAACUGGAAAGUGAGUGGGGAAGCCACCAAGUGCACCAUACAUUUCAGUGCUGCCGCCCUUUUCCUUUUGUGAGAUGGUUUCACACUGGAGCUCAGGCUAGUGAUCCUCUUGCUUUAGUCUCUCAAGCACUGAGAUUUCAGGUAUGCUGACAGUGUUUUCUGAAGCUGAAACCUGGAUGUCAUGGGCUGUUCUAUAUAACAUCAACACUGAAUGUUGAUCUCAUAUACAAACUGCUGCCGUCUUUGAGAACCUUUAAUGCUCUCAGUUCUCGGGACGCAGAGGCCAGCGGAUCUUUGUAAAUUCAAGGCCAGUCUGGUCUACAGAGUGAGUUCCAGGAGAGCCAGAAAUACAGAGUAACCCUGUCUGGAAAAAUCAGAGAGGAGAGAGAGGGAGAGAGGAGAGAGCAGGCCAGAGUGCAAGCGCUAGCCUUUAAUUCAACUGUGGUUCUCAGUAACCUGGAAGCAUUGGUUCGCUAAAUGACAUUAAUAGAAAUCCUUUCAUUUUUUUAGAGCAGCUGAAAAUUCUCAAGUGUCUGUCUUUGACAUUUCUGUAGACUUGCUCUUUUUAUACAUUUCUUGCUAUUUUCUCCAACUAGGCCACUCCUACUUGAGAUUUAAUUGAUUUAUUAAAAGGACACACAAUUAGAAUAUGAUGUGAGGAGAAUUAGUAUUUUGGAAAAAAUAUGUAUUUAAGAGAUGAGAGGAACUGUUUGUAGGCAAAAGAAAGGAGAAAUACUGCACCAGAGAGCUGAGCCGGCAGAACAGGCUCUCAGCUGGCCUGGGAAGGAGGAGUAGAUAUGCACAACUCCAGGCACUGGGUGCUCUCAAAUAUGGUUGUUGGUUGUAACAGUUCUGUGAAUGAAAGUUUAUUUGGGAUUGAAUACAAAAUAGUUUUUUUAAACCUAUGCAAUUAAUAGUAAAAAAUGUAGCAAGCAGCAGGUUUGAUCUUUAACUAUGGAAGUGGUACCACUUCAGUUCCAAAUCAGAAAAACUUCCAAAACAGUUAUAGUGUAAAACUGGGUACACCACCGUCAUGUUGUUACUACCAUUCAGGAACAAAUAGCAUCGAGUGUUUUCAGCAUAGUUUUUGAUUCUUUUCUGCACUUGUUAACGUCUAGCUAACGAUUAAAUUGGAGGGAAACAGCAGCUUUCUGGUAAGUCUUCAGCUAGAAGUUCUGUUGUUGAUAUCAACAGAGCUUGUAGGCUGCUUGUGUUGCUCCAGUUUUUUCUAUGCUUGAUGUCUUAAGUACCUUAGUCAAGGGAGCUGUCUACCUGGAUUAUCUGACCCACCACUGGGCUUCUCAGGAAUAGAUGCACGUUGUUAGCAGCAAUGGCAGGUCUAGAGCAGUGAUCCUAAACUUGUGGGUUGCAGCCCCUUUUGUGUCAAAUGACCUGACCCUUUCAUAGGUCUCCUAAACCACUGGGAAGCACAGAUAUUUACAUUGUGAUUCAUAAUAGCAGCAACAUUGCAGUUCUGAAGUAGCAAUGGAGAUGUCAUGGUUGGGGUCACUAUAAACGUGAGGAGCAGCCGUAUUGAAGGGCCACUGCGUUAGAGAAGUGAGGGGCGCGACUGAAAACCUAGGACUAAGGAGGAACAGUCACUAUACAGCCUUAGUUGUGCGACACUCGAUUCAUGGACACUGAGGUUACUUCAGCUUGCCUUGCAUGACAACACACACCGGUUAGCUUUAAGGAACUGUAAACACUUCCAUUUUAGGUGAUGAUUCUCUGGAAUGAUCUUUUACCACAUCUGCUUCCCAGAGGUGAGGGGUUCCCUGUUCUCUCCUUUGAUUAGAUUAAAUCUCUUUGAAUGAGGUAACAAAGUAAAUAGAGUUGGAAGUUUUAUGUGAAGCUUUAUGAGAAUCCCUCACUGUAGUUUUGGUUCUUCUGUGGAUUCCCACGGAUCUUAUUAUUCCUGGACUCAGCAUCAUUUAGCACAAUUCUAACCCUGGCUUCCUCUGGUCUCCAAGAGCCCAUUUGUGUGGCAGUGGACUAGAGCCACUUCAGCUUGGCACUGAGACGUACGUUAGCUCUGGCCUGUCUCUACACCAAAGGAGACAAGGCUGCUGUGCCCAAGUAAAGGGUAGGUUUCAGCAUUAACUGCUGUUUUUGGAUGUGGGUGCAGUACCAGUGUGGGUUCCGAUGGCAGGAACUGAGAAAGGUAUGCUUGGUUCACUGAAGACUCAACGGCUUUCAUUUUCACGUUCACUGCCCUCUACCUUAUGAACACAUUUGCUAGCAGGGGAAAAGUUCUUCACCGUCUUUGGAGAGAAUUGUAUGCCUUACAGGAUUGGCACUAGCCCCGGAGACUGACCUGGAUAGCAGUUCCAUCAUCCUGUUUGCAGGGGCGAACUACACAUUUCACCUCUGUGUGUGCUGCUUAACUUCUUGGCCAAGAAACAGAUUUAUAAUAUGUAGGACAAUGAAGAAAAACCUCUCAUUUGUUCAUUUUCUGCAUCCCAACACCUCACAAAAUGUUGGUAGGCAGCAUAGUAUCACAAGUACGCUUUCCCAAUGUCACUCAUCUUGUUCUCACAUCUGUAGGCACACAGCUGGGGGAGGAGCAGGUGAGUAGGUAGAGUGGUGGCUGAGCUCGGCUACAGCUGAGCUGUGGUGGUUGGCAGCACCUCCCUUCUUCUGCCGCUUUCCUUUGGCCUCCAAGGUGCUGAUCUGUGAGCCCCCAUUUUCAUGUCAGUAUGGGGCUUUCUUAUGCAGUCCCUCAGCAGUCCCAGCGCCAGGUACUGUCACGAGGACUGAGGAUUCCCACCUCUGCCAUCUCAGUCUGUCACCCAUCAGCAUUCCCUGCAUACGACUCUUGGCCUCUAAGUGGUUCUCCAUAUCUGAAUAAGUAUACACUUUCUUCAUAUUUUGAUUCACCUGUUUUUUAAUCUUUGCAAACAUCUACCUCCUUGUCUUUUUGUCUGUGAAUAACAGAAUAUAAGAGGAGGGGGAGUUAUUUUUAUCAUGUUUCAAAAGAUCUAUGCCACAAUUUCUUUUGCACACCAAGAACUGAAGCUUGGAGCACUUCUCAGGCCAGUUCUAGUGCCUUACACUCCAGGAUGUCCAGCGUCGGACUGAGGUAGGAAGAAAGCAGGAUGUUCAGUCUGUAGGUUCUCAUCCCCCACAUCAACCCUCCUUGCUCUGAAUAACCUAGGGGUGGGGUAGGAAGUCCUGCAGCUCAUUUCUCUGAAAACUUUUCUAGCUCACACUUAACUCUCUGGUCAGUGCUUAAGACAUAAGGCACCAGAGCAAUACUAUAAAGUUCUUUAAGUUUGCAUUUACAUGUGGUUCUGCUCAGCUCCCUUCUGUUCUGUGUAGUAUCAGCAUGUGGUCCUGAGACAUUCUAGAUAUUGGAGUAAAUACAAACUUCAGAGCAAACUCAGCAGACUUUGGACACAUGGGAUAAUUGUGCAUUUUAUGACCAGAAUUAUUUCUAGAUGGCUGGAUUUCAAUUCAGAGUUCUUUUCAUGUAUUAGGUGUACAAAUGAAUAAAAAGAUGUUUUUAUAGCAAUUGUAA